AUGCAUCGCAAACCCGCCAUAGGCUUCGGCGGAAAUUGCGUGCCUCCCCAUCCACCUCAACGGGCUGCUGAACCCUCAUGGUCCAGGCCUGGACGAUUGACGCCUCAACCGCCAUCUGUCUCUCCAGCUUGGUUCGAGACCAACGGGGAAACUCCGACGAGCUCCCUCCAGGACGACGAGGAGGCAAAGAGCCCUCCUGUGAGGCCACCUCGAACCUGA